UUCAUUAAAACGGCCGAACAAAAGGUAUUCUGAAAAGUCACUUUUCCAUAAUAUUGAUAUUGAAUACAAGAAACAUUACGGAUUUGAUGGACAACAAUAAGAGACUAUUUUGAGAAAAAUGGAUAAUCUGGUUGAAAUGAUAAUGAUAAUAUAAAGAAAUGAAAGGAACAAUCAUGUGAAUGUAAAUACUGGAUGAGCUGAACAAUAACGAAAAGGUGAAAACAAAAAAAGAGUGAAAAUUAGAUGAAAGUAGGUUUUCUUAACGGUUUAGUCUCCAUAUUGAUAUAAAUCAUCGCCUUGGAACCGAGAACAAUCCAUAUUGGAAUGGAAAAUUGUAUCAUGGUGCUUUAAUAGAAAAGUAAACAAUUUAGUGAUGAACAAUCGGAAUCCGUACACACAAUUUCGAGUAUAAAAUGGUAAUGUUGGACCAUCAAGAGUAUUCACUUUCCAAGUGUACGUUGUUAUUAAAGGUUGUCAACGAGUAAUAUCAUCACCACCAGCCAAUACGCCAAUAAAUUAGUAUAUUAAGUGUAUUUUGUUUAUUUUUUGACUUUACUGUGCCACUGGAUUCACCUAAAAUAAGUGAUAAUGAAUUCUGGUAAUUUUCAAAGCUUAGGACAAUGUCUUUUUGUUUUCAUCUGUUUGUGGUUAAGUUUUACUAAUUGUCCUGCUAAUGCUGAUGGAGUUAAACCAGCCGCUGCCAAUUUAACGGCCAGUAAUGUACCUUAUCCUUAUUAUAAUUAUGAUCGUGAUCCUCGCCAAUGGUUCAGUUCUGGUUAUGGUACAUAUGGAACCACUUUUGCUCCUUUCAAUGGUGGAAUUGAAACAUUGGUUGUUGGUUUUAUGAUAUCUUUAGCCAUUGGUUUUAUUGGAUUACCUUUGAUGAUUCUUCUUUACUCCAUGUUUUUGGGUAACACCGGUGGUGGAUUCAAUCUGGCGCCACCAGCAACCACAACUACAAUCAAUGGACGGAAGAGACGAGAAGCCAGUGUUAUUGAAGCCUUGUUGCCUCAACUUGAUUCAAUUUCAAAUGAAAAGCUUAUUGAAAUUUUUAAAAAGUUAACCGCUCAGCCUGAGCAAAUGAACUACUUGAUGAGGUUCUUUAAGAACAAGGAAACUCAGUGAUCAUCUUUGAUGUUUUGAAUUGCAUUAGUCAGCAUUGCAUAUAAUCAACACU